AUGCAUUUAUCUAUAUUAUUGCUAACUCCUGUCCUUCUUUUUGUAUUCCACGUGCUUCUUCGGCUCGGACGAGCGACCUUUUCUUCUCUAAGGGAUGUUCCAGGUCCAUUCUGGACUCGAUUUACGUCCCUUUGGUACUUCAACCAAUUACGCCACGGUAGCUUUGAGCAUGAGAAUAUCCGACUUCAUCAGAAGUACGGUUCGAUCGUCCGCCUCGCUCCGAAUCAAUACAGUAUCAGUGACAUCUCCGCGAUCAAGACCGUCUAUGGUACUGGCUCGCAGUUCGCCAAGUCCGCUUGGUAUGAUGGGUGGAAACACCCGGCGCAAUGGACAGUAUUUGCAGACCGAAACAUCAAAAGACAUUCGGAUACUCGCAAGCGGUUCACCAGUCUUUAUUCUAUGAGCUCGCUUGUGCACUAUGAGCCAUUUGUGAAUGACUGUGCGGAACUAUUCAAUCGCCGAUUGAUUGAGUUUACCGAAAACACAAAAUCAUUCAACCUUGGACACUGGUUCCAAUGUUAUGCAUUUGAUGUGAUUGGAAACAUCACGUUCGGCGAACGAUUCGGCUUCCUCGACAAAGGCGAGGACAUUGAUGGUGCAAUGACCGCCGUGCAUAAGGUCAUGAUGUAUAGCACCAUGAUUGGGGUCUAUCCAGAGUGGCAUCCCCGAUUGUUUGGAAUGCUGAGUAAAUUUAAAUGGUCCGGUGCAGGCGGCAGAGCAUACAUCAGCAAAUUCGUGCAGGAGAAGAUUCGCCUUCACGAGGCGGAAUCCAAGUAUACCGAGAAGGGAGAAUCAGAGCAUAUCCAAACACAGGAUUUCGUGGACAAGUUACUCAUCGCGCGCAACAAGAACCCUGAAAAGGUGACUGAUUAUCACGUAUUUAUCAUGGGUCAGUCGAACGUCACAGCUGGCUCAGACACAACAGCCAUCAGUCUCUCUAGUAUUAUGUGGCACCUUCUUCAAAACAUCAAAACACUGCAUAAACUGCGUGCCGAGAUCGACGACUUCACAGCCAAGGGGCUGUGCAGUGAAAAUAUCACAUUUAAGGAGAGCCAAGAAAUGCCAUAUUUCCAGGCUGUUAUGAAAGAAGCAUUGCGGAUGCACAGUGCAACUGGUCUGCCGAUGUGGCGAGAAGUUCCUGCAGGCGGUGCAGAGAUUAGCGGACGCUACUUCCCAGCUGGAACGAUCAUCGGAGCCAAUACUUGGGUCGCGCACUACGAUGAUCGCGUAUUCCCUGACGCGAAGAGCUUCCGCCCAGAAAGGUGGCUCGAGGCGGAGAGCAAUCCCGAGAAACAGAAGGAGAUGAACCAGAUGUAUAUGCCAUUUGGCUUGGGCUCGCGAACAUGUCUUGGAAAGCAUAUCUCGAUUCUGGAAAUGUCGAAGCUGAUCCCACGACUUGUUCGUGAUUAUGAUUUUACGCCCCUCAGGAGUGACUGGAAAACGGAAAAUUACUGGUUUGUCAAGCCCAUGGAUUUUGACGUCCAUGUACAGAAAAGAGUAAAGUCGACUCUAUGA